GUGAGAUCUGCCUCGCUGCACCGUGUGUUUUGAUGCCCGUGUGACCACUCUCGGCCCUUUAAUGACCUAUUUUAAUAUCCAGCAACUCGCCCAUUGACUGCGCAACCCAGAUUGUGUUCGAACCCUACUUUACCGUCGUCCAGUCUCUCCUUCGUACACUACAACCUCUAGAAAAUGUCGCUCAAGAACGAUGCAUUCCCUUCUUCGGAAGCCUUCGAGGCUAUUAGUGCUGCGCUCUCCAACGAUGCCGAGCGAAAAGACGCCAUCAAAACUGGAGGCGCCGUGUUUGCUUUCGAGCUCACGAACGACAAGGGCGACAAAGAGUCCUGGUACCUGGACCUGAAAGAGAGCGGAAAGGUCGGCAAGGGGCAGCCUCCGAAAAAGGCUGAUGUCACGCUCGUGCUGACCGACGAGAACUUUGGCAAAUUGGUCGCCGGUAAAUCGAAAGCCCAGACGCUAUUUAUGAGCGGGAAGCUAAAGGUCAAGGGCAACGUGAUGAAAGCCACAAAACUCGAACCUAUCCUGGCGAAGGCGAAGACACAGUCGAAGCUAUAGAAAACAUGUAUUAUAGUUAUGAACAGCGAUGCUUAUUAUACUAUAUCUGCCAGCCAGAGAGGGCGUUUCAGUGGUGUACAAGAUCCAUUCCGGGGGAUUGCUGCUCUCAAUCAAAAUACACGUUGUUGGGCUUGUGCACAGAGGUCUUUCCAGAACUGUUGCUUUUCAGUACAAUCCUCGGGUCAUCCUUGGUUGCUUUGACCUGCUUGCCCUCGACGUCCUUCCUGGCUUUCAGAACUUCAACGACUUUGCCCUCCACCCAGCCGGUCGUCGAUUUCCAAUGCGCAGUUUGGC